AUGAAGACCAUUUUCAGCAAUCAGACUAUCGACAUUCCAGAAAAUGUCGACAUUACUCUGAAAGGACACACAGUUAUCGUGAAAGGCCCCAGAGGAAACCUGUGGAGGAACUUCAAUCACAUCAACGUAGAACUCAAUCUUCUCGGAAAGAAAAAAAAAAAGAGGCUCCUGGUUGACAAAUGGUGCAGUAACAGAAAGGAACUGGUUACCAUUCGGACUAUUUGUAGUCACGUACAGAACAUGAUCAAGGGUGUGACACUGGGCUUCUGUUACAAGAUGAGGUCUGUGUAUGUUCACUUCCCCAUCAACAUCAUUAUCCAGGAGAAUGGUUCUCUUGUUGAAAUCCGAGAUUUCUUGGGUGAAAAAUACAUCCGCAGGGUUCAGAUGAGACCAGGUGUUGCUUGUUCAGUAUCUCAAGCCCAGAAAGAUGAGUUAAUCCUUGAAGGAAAUGACAUUGAGCUUGUUUCAAAUUCAGCAAGCCACAACAGUUAA